ACGCUGUUUCUUUUUCAACAUUAGAUUGUCUCGUCUUUCAAUUUCUUUUUAUACGUGUAUGGAGUAGACGAAGUGACAUUAUAUUGAACAAAAGCGUGAAGUGCGGAUGCCUAUAGUCCUGCCUCCGUUUGCUUAUUAUCUUUUUGAUAUCCACGUUUCUUUAUACCAAACUAUUGGAUAUCGAGGAUAAUGAAAAUAUAGCGUUAUUGAAUAACAAUCGGGAUACGGUGUAUACAAAUUACUGGGAAACAAAGAAAUAUAGGCGAUAAAAGAAAUUUAUAAAGGAAAGAGAAAGAUCCAACAUGCCACAGAACGAGUAUAUCGAGAGGCAUCGUAAACUAUAUGGACGACGUUUAGAUUAUGAAGAGAGGAAAAGGAAAAGAGAGGCCCGUGAGCCUCAUAAACGUGCGGAACGUGCUCGUACUUUACGUGGUAUAAAAGCAAAGAUUUUCAAUAAAGAACGGAGAAAUGAAAAGAUCCAAAUGAAAAAGAAGAUUAAAUCUCAUAUGGUAAAGAAAGUGAAAGAAAAAUCUUCCAAUGUACCAGAAGGAGCACUACCUGUAUAUUUAUUGGAUCGUGACAUUAAAAAAGAUGCAAAAGUAUUGUCAAAUAUGAUAAAACAGAAACGUAAAGAAAAAGUUGGGAAAUGGGAUGUACCAAUACCUAAAGUUAAAACACAGUCAGAAUCUGAAGUCUUCAAAGUAAUGAGAAGUGGAAAGUCUAAACGCAAAUCUUGGAAAAGAAUGGUAACAAAAGUGACAUUUGUUGGUGAGAACUUUACUAGAAAACCACCAAAAUUUGAAAGAUUUAUUAGACCAAUGGCACUUCGUUUCAAAAAGGCACAUGUGACUCAUCCUGAGCUAAAAGCCACAUUUUGUUUACCUAUUAUUGGAGUUAAAAAGAAUCCAAGUUCACCAAUGUAUACAAGCUUAGGUGUUAUUACUAAAGGAACAAUUAUUGAAGUGAAUAUUUCAGAAUUAGGUCUUGUAACUCAAUCUGGAAAAGUAGUGUGGGGAAAAUAUGCUCAAGUUACAAAUAAUCCUGAAAACGAUGGCUGUAUCAAUGCUGUAUUACUUGUAUAAAUUCCUUUUGUUGAAUUAUUGCAUUAUGUAUGCUGAUAAUAUGUCUAUAAUAAAAAUUGUUUAAAUGUA